AUGCGAGCAUGCAUGCAACGUUUCCCUCAACUUUCACAUACGCGCUUCUCUUUUCGUCUUCAUCCUCUCACAAACCCUAACAAGCUUCCUCGAAUUCAUGGUAACACCAUCGCAACUGUCGAAGAUCCAUCUGCGGCGAGCCGAUUAGACUGCGCCAAUGUCUUUGUAUGGAACACCAUGAUCAGGAAACAGGUAGAAAACGGCCUUAUUACUAGAGAUCCACCUCUUUUGUAUUACAUGCAAGGACUUCGUGCGGGUCUGAGACCCAAUGGGCACACCUUCAUGUACUUAUUGAAGGCAUUGGUUAGUGGGCAAGAGGUCAAGGAAGGAGAAGAGGUUCAUGCGAGCGUUGUGAGAACUGGGUUUGCGUGUAGCGAGUUUGUUUCAGGCGCUUUGCUAGGGUUUUACGUGGCCUGUGGCCUUGUCGGUAAAGGGAGACAGGUGUUCGACGAAAUGCGUCAACCAGGGUUGGUUUUGUGGACUCUGAUUAUUCGGGCUUAUGUUUGCGUGACCUUUCCGGAGAAAGCGUUGGAGCUGUUCCGGACGAUGAGGGAAGUUGGGUUGACGCCGGACAUGGUUGCAAUAUCCACCGUUGUCUCAGCAUGUGGCCUGUUGGGCGAUUUGGGAGUUGCAAAGGCGAUGCAUUGCUUUAUUGAGAAGAGUGGGAUUGAGGUUGACGCAUUUGUGAGUAGCACCCUUAUCAGCACAUAUGGGGAGUGUGGAAGUUUGGAUUACGCUUACCGAUUUUUCCAGGAAACCCCCAUGAAAAAUAUUGUGGUUUGGAACACUAUGAUACAUCAAUCCGUGGAGCACAACAACUUGGAGCUUGGGAAGCAGUUAUUCCAAUCGAUGCCUGAUAGAGAUGUAGUGUCAUGGAAUUCAAUGAUCGGAGGAUUUGCCCGUAUAGGACAGUAUCAGGAAGCAUUGACAUGGUUUCAUGAGAUGGAGUUUUCAGGUGUGAGUCCUAAUGCAUUGACCCUGUUGAGCACUCUGUCUGCCUGUGCUAGCCAUGGAGCUCUGGACACUGGUGCUUGGAUUCAUGCUUAUGUCGACAAGAACGACAUGAAUCGAGAUGGGUCACUGGACUCUAGCCUGAUUGACAUGUAUUCCAAGUGUGGGGAUAUUGAUAAGGCAGUCCAAAUAUUUGAGGAGUCUACCAGAAGAGAUCUCUUCACAUGGACAUCGAUCGUAUGCGGACUGGCUAUGCAUGGACGUGGGGAGAAAGCUCUGCACUAUUUCUCUAAGAUGAAAGAAGCCCAGGUUCAACCAGAUGAUGUGACAAUGGUCGGAGUCCUCAGUGCCUGUGCUCAUGCCGGAUUGUUAGAUCAAGGGUGGUGGUAUUUCCAGUCAAUGGAAAAGGUUUUUGGGUUGGUUCCUAAGGUUGAGCACUAUGGGUGUAUGGUUGAUCUUCUCGGUCGAAUGGGUUGUUUAAAGGAGGCAUAUGAUCUUAUAAUGGGAAUGCCCAUGGAGGCCAAUGAGAUAAUAUGGGGUGCUUUCCUGAGUGCCUGCAGAGUCCACAACAAUGUUGAACUGGGGGAGGUUGCAGCCAGAAGGUUGCUUGGGCUUGACCCCCGUGAUCCUUGGGCCCGAGUCAUGCUGUCUAACAUGUAUGCAGAAGAAGCUAAAUGGGAUCGGUCUAUGGGACUGAGGAAAGAAAUUAAAAAGAAGGGGUUGAAGAAAUCUCCUGGCUGUAGCUCAAUUGAGGUAAAUGGUAGUGUUCAUGGGUUUCUUGUAGGAGACAAUUCACAUCCCUGUUACACCGAGAUAAACUCUAUGGUAGAAAAGAUUGAAAAGCUUAUGAGGUUGUGA